AAAUUUCACAAAAAAUUUAUGUGAAGUAAUCAAGUAACACAAGAACAUGUGAACCUCUGUGCUGAGUUAACAACAUGCAGAAGUUCAAUCAGCAACUGAACUAAGAAGAUAACCUUUUCCAUUUGUAGAGACAAAGCAUGACUCUGAGUCUCAUACACCUCAAACUCCCUCUUCCAUCUUCUUCUUCUUCUUCUUCUUCUUCUUCACCUUGCUUCUUCUACCUUCACCACUCUUCCAUUUCACACCACACCAAAACUCCUUCAAAACCCUUCUUCCUCUUACACUCCAAAACCCCAUCUUCACCACUCUCCAUAUCCCUCUGUCUUCGUGCAUCACCAUCUGAUGCCACAUACUCUUCCACCACCCCCAUUUUUCUCCCAUAUCUCCAGCAACAAGAAGAAGAAGAACAACAACAAGAGCAAGAUGAAGAAGAAGAAGAAGAAGAAGAAGACAUAGAAGCAACAGAGGAAGAAGAGCGAGUACAAACCCAUGACCCAGAUGAUCCAAUAUACAAAUUCUUCAAAACCCGCACUCUUGUUUCCUCUCAAGACCCUCAAACCGAAGGAAGAUUGUCGCUUCAGAAGAAUCGUCGAACAUCGUGGCACCUUGCUCCGGCCACCGUUGAAGAAGAAGCUGAAGUGGGUUUGGAAGAUACCCUUUUGUUGGAAGAGGAGAAGGAAGAAAUGGGUAGUUGCCAGAAGAAGGAAUUGCCAUUGCCUGAGGGUGUUGUGGGGGAAAUUGUUCAGCUUGCAAGGAACUUGCCGGAGAAUCUGACCUUGGAGGAGGCUCUGGCUCAGUAUGGAGAAAGGGUCAGUGAGAAAGAGUGCUGGGAGGUUCUGGAAGUACUUGGGAUGGAGCGUCUUCUGGUGUGUUGUUUGUAUUUCUUUCAGUGGAUGAGGGCGCAGGAACCAUCACUUGUUACUCCUCGGGCAUGUACCGUGUUGUUUCCGUUGUUGGGAAGAGCAGGGAUGGGUGAUAAGCUCAUGGUUUUGUUCAGAAACUUGCCAUCCAGCAAGAAGUUCAGAGAUGUUCAUAUUUAUAAUGCUGCAAUUUCAGGGCUUCUAUGUUGUGGCAGGUAUGAAGAUGCUUGGAAGGUCUAUGAGUCAAUGGAAAAAGAUAAUAUUCGUCCAGAUCAUGUAACAUGCUCUAUUAUGGUGACUGUUAUGAGAAAACUUGGCCGUAGUGCAAAAGACGCAUGGUAUUUUUUUGAGAAAAUGAACAGAAAAGGAGUCAAAUGGAGUGAAGAAGUCCUAGGUGCAAUAGUAAAGUCGUUUUGUGCAGAGGGUCUGGUGAGCAGAGCUCUAAUCAUCCAAUCUGAAAUGGAGAAGAAAGGGGUUUUUUCAAAUGCUAUUGUGUACAACACCCUGAUGGAUGCAUUUUGUAAAUCCAACCAUGUAGAAGAAGCUGAAGGCCUUUUUGUUGAAAUGAAAGCUAAAAAUGUUAAACCCACCGCAGCCACAUUCAACAUUCUAAUGCAUGCAUACAGCAGAAGAAUGCAACCUAAGAUUGUGGAGAAUCUACUGGCAGAAAUGCAGGAUAUUGGUUUGAAACCAACUGCAAAUUCAUAUACUUGUCUAAUCAGUGCAUACGGGAGGCAGAAAAAGAUGAGUGACAUGGCAGCAGAUGCAUUCUUGAAGAUGAAGAAAGUUGGUAUAAAACCCACUUCACAUUCAUAUACAGCUCUGAUCCAUGCAUAUUCAGUUAGUGGCUGGCACGAGAAAGCUUAUGUGGCAUUUGAAAACAUGCAAAGGGAAGGUAUUAAACCUUCCAUAGAAACCUAUACUACCUUACUAGAUGGGUUUCGGCGUGCUGGUGACACUCAAACAAUGAUGAAAAUAUGGAAGUUGAUGAUGAGCGAGAAAGUUGAAGGAACAAAGGUGACAUUCAACAUUCUUGUUGAUGGUUUUGCUAAACAAGGUCAAUACAUGGAAGCAAGAGAUGUAAUAUCUGAAUUUGGGAAGAUUGGAUUGCACCCAACAGUGAUGACUUACAAUAUGCUGAUGAAUGCGUAUGCACGAGGAGGGCAACACUCGAAGCUGCCGCAGUUGUUGAAAGAGAUGGCAGCUCUUAACUUAAAACCAGAUUCUGUAACUUACUCAACUAUGAUAUACGCGUUUGUCCGUGUUCGAGACUUCAGGCGGGCAUUUUUUUAUCACAAGCAGAUGAUCAAGAGUGGGCAGGUGAUGGAUGUUGAUUCUUAUCAGAAACUUCGGGCAAUUCUGGAUGUCAAAGCUGCAGCAAAAAUAAGGAAGGAUAGGAGAGCCUUGCUUGGUAUAGUUAAAAGUAAGAUGGGCGUUAUGCAAGAAAAGAGAAAAAAAGAUGAGUUCUGGAAGUACAAGAAAAGACAUGUAAAGAAAACAUAGUUCUGAUAUUAGAGUGUACUAAGUUAAGGAUGCAAUGCCCUGUAAGCUGCCAGAAUUGUGAGUUAAAUUUUUACCCACUUUUGAUUCACAACAUGAAUGGCAUCAAGAGCAUCUUGAUUUCAAUUUUAAUUAUACGGGUCAUCAUCACACAUUGCAUCUUCUAUCAACAACGCAUGCCCCACUCAUUUUGAGGUAGAUGUGGCUAGUUUAAAAUUUAAAUUAUUUAUGUGCAUAAAUUUUAUGUUAUAAAAGUUAGCAAUGUGAUUUAAUUGAAA